AUGUGUGAGCGUGGUCAGUAAGGUCGACGUUGCUAUACAAUAACACAGCAACAACGACCUUACAGCCGUCACCACCUCUCACACACACAUCCCCAAACACUCACUUUUACCACCAUUUUUCCUCCAUUUUAGCGUUAUAAGUGAGGUAAAUAUGUCUGAGGAGGAGGGCGGGAAGGACGCCCAGGGUGAAGACACCAAGAUAGACUACGAUAAGACGACCACCAAGGGAGAAUUAGCUGUUAAAGUUAUAUGUCUGGGGGACAGUGCUGUUGGCAAGUCUAAGCUUGUGGAGCGUUUCUUGAUGGAUGGCUACCAGCACCAGCAGCUGUCAACGUUCGCACUGACGCUGUACAGAUAUCGCACCAAGGUGGAUGACACGGAUGUAUUAGUAGAUUUUUGGGAUACAGCAGGACAAGAGAGGUUUCAGACAAUGCAUCCAUCAUACUAUCACCAGGCUCACGCUGCCAUCCUGGUAUUUGACGGUACUCGCAAAGUAACCUAUAAGAACUUGCCGAACUGGUAUAAGGAGUUGCGGCAAAAUAGACCGGAGAUCCCUUGCUUCUGUGCCGUCAAUAAAAUAGAUGAAAAUGAAGAUAUUGCUGGGAAGGCCUUUGCUUUUCCAGAGAAGAACAACAUCCCCAUGUACUAUGUGUCAGCAUCCAACGGCACCAAUGUUGUGAAGUUGUUCAAGGAUGCUAUUGAUGCUGCCUUCCAGUACAAGAAAAACCCAACUGACUUUACUGACCAGAUCAUGGAGGAGCUGGAGAUGGACAUGACUUUGUGAGCUGCACACGUAACCUGGUGGACUUCUUGGUCACUUCUUACACAGCGAGAUGGACUUCCUGGUCACAUCUUAGCACAGCAAGUGCACAUAGGAAGUGUGUCUGUCUUGCACUCGGCAGACAGAGAAUCAAGGCUCUGUCACGUCUCGAAUGACCCACAUGGGUUUAGUGAUUCACCUGAAUAAUUUAAUAGUCAUAAUUAUAAAUGAGUGUAAAACGAAAGCCUGUAAUUGUUUUACAUGGUGGUAGGAUUACUGGUGUCUUUUGUCUGUCUCAUAAACAUGCAGGAUUUCAGGUACGUCUUGCUACUUCUACUUACACUUAGGUCACACUACACAUACAUGUACAAGCAUAUAUAUACACACCCCUCUGGUUUUUCUUCUAUUUUCUUUCUAGUUCUAUUUCUUGUUCUUGUUUCUUUCCUCUUAUCUCCAUGGGGAAGUGGAACAGAAUUUUUCCUCCGUAUGCCAUGCGUGUUGUAAGAGGCAACUAAAAUGCCAGGAGCAAGGGGCUAGAAACCCCUUCUCCUGUAUAAAUUACUAAAUUUAAAAAGAGAAACUUCUGUUUUUCUUUUUGGGCCACCCUGCCUCAGUGGGAUACAGCCGAUUUGUUGAAAGAAGAAGAAUUAUAAAUUUGGUCAUCAGUUCAAUGGUAUCAAAUGUUACCAGAUUUUAUUAAUAGCUAAUACUAUACUUAUACUUAUUAUACUUAUAAAUGGCAUCAGUUUAUAAACAUAAUAGUGACAUGGUACCGUAUAGUUUUUAAUAUAUAGAUACAAAGUAAGUUUUACGAACUAAAACUUCACACGUUUUGAGAAUGUAACUAUAUGAGGAGGAAGGAAUUACAUUGGCUGCAAACUUUUGGAAAUGCAACACAGUUGCAUGUGCAGAAUGAUCCUUUAUUCACACGAUGUUUUACAUUUGAACUUUAUUGAAAAAUCACCUUCCAAUAAAGUUUUGCUCUCCAUAUAGUGUUUUUUAUGUAUUUGUCAGCAAGUCUUGCCAGCCAACAUGGCAAGAAGCAUCUGUAUAUUGAUGUGUUUGGCAGGACAGGAGAAUGUUUGUGGUACCCUUGUGUCACUAGCAGUUCUAUAAAGUGAUAUUGGUGUGUAUGGUGUCGUAUUAACUUCUUUCUGAUGGUUCUUGAUUUUUAAGUAUGAGACCAUAGUUAAAAUGAUCCCCCUGAACUGCAACAUUUCCUGCCCCUCUUUUAUACCUUUAAUAUACUCUUGAUUGGUUUUGAGAGUUUUCCUACACCUUUAGUCCUCCUUCAGAGUGCAGGCACUGUACUUAUGCACCAUGCAAUUUCUACUUUCUCAUUAACCCUUAAACUGUCCAAACGUAGAUCUACGUUUACAUGCGUAGCGCUCUGAACGUAGAUCUACAGUUUUUUAUGUGCUUUCAAAUGGAGAAAAUAAAGGUCGGAGCGCUACGCACAUAAACGUAGAUCUACGUUUGUACGGGUGUCUCUCACUUUCUGCAGUUCAUGUGUUGUACACCAUGGCAGCUGUACUAAGCCAGACAUCAACACUUAAUUCCACAUAAUAAGACUUUACAGUACUCUUUGUGAACUGCACCAAUCACAUAGUGAAUGUAUAUUGCAGAUAGAGAAUUGCUGAGAGAAAUGGGGCAGUGCAUAAUAACGAAUUUGCAAAAAAAUGACGGAAACCUGCAGAACAUACAAGAUUUUCUUUGAACACACCGGCUUCCUCCCGCUGAGGCAUCUCUUGUGACACUCGUCGAUGGGAUAAUAUAUAUAUAUGUGUUCAGUAAAUCCUUGACUUACAAACACAUUGAAGACCUCCUGAAUUGUGUUAUUAUUAUUUUUUAUUAACACACUGGCCGAUUCCCACCAAGGCAAGGUGGCCCAAAAAAGAAAAACUUUCACCAUCAUUCACUCAUCACUGUCUUGCCAGAAGGGUGCUUUACACUACAGUUUUUAAACUGCAACAUUAACACCCCUCCUUCAGAGUGCAGGCACUGUACUUCCCAUCUCUAGGACUCAAGUCCGGCCUGCCGGUUUCCCUGAAUCCCUUCAUAAAUGUUACUUUGCUCACACUCCAACAGCACAUCAAGUAUUAAAAACCACUUGUCUCCAUUCACUCCUAUCAAACACGCUCAUGCAUGCCCGCUGGAAGUCCAAGCCCCUUGCACACAAAACCUCCUUUACCCCCUCCCUCCAACCUUUCCUAGGCCGACCCCUACCCCGCCUUCCUUCCACUACAGACUGAUACACUCUCGAGUCAUUCUGUUUCGCUCCAUUCUCUCUACAUGUCCGAAUCACCUCAACAACCCCUCUUCAGCCCUCUGGACAACAGUUUUGGCAAUCCUGCACCUCCUCCUAACUUCCAAACUACGAAUUUUCUGCAUUAUAUUCACACCACACAUUGCCCUCAGACAUGACAUCUCCACUGUCUCCAGCCUUCUCCUCGCUGCAACAUUCAUCACCCAUGCUUCACACCCAUACAAGAGCGUUGGUAAAACUAUACUCUCAUACAUUCCCCUCUUUGCUUCCAAGGACAAAGUUCUUUGUCUCCACAGAUUCCUAAGUGCACCGCUCACCCUUUUCCCCUCAUCAAUUCUAUGAUUCACCUCAUCUUUCAUAGACCCAUCCGCUGACAUGUCCACUCCCAAAUAUCUGAAUACAUUUACCUCCUCCAUACUCUCUCCCUCCAAUCUGAUAUCCAAUCUUUCAUCACCUAAUCUUUUUGUUAUCCUCAUAACCUUACUCUUUCCUGUAUUCACUUUCAAUUUUCUUCUUUUACAUACCCUACCAAAUUCAUCCACCAACCUCUGCAACUUCACUUCAGAAUCACCCAAGAGCACAGUGUCAUCAGCAAAGAGCAACUGUGACAACUCCCACUUUAUGUGUGAUUCUUUAUCUUUUAACUCCACACCUCUUGCCAAGACCCUCGCAUUUACUUCUCUUACAACCCCAUCUAUAAAUAUAUUGAACAACCAUGAUGACAUCCAGGGCCGGAUUAAGAAGUCUCCGGGCCCUAGGAUAUUCAGAUUGGCGGGGCCCCUUUGAGUUACGGGUAAGUGAAGCGACCCCUUCCAGCUUGGGGGGGGGGGUGGGGGGGGUCGGUGUGAGCCUGUUUAAGGUCUAAUUAAAUACAUUCUGGCUAUUUAGAUUAAAUUUAAUAGGGAAAGUACAUCAAGACAACCAAAACCAUUUACCAACAGCCAUUAUAACUAUCUUGUUAAAUCAUGCAUUUUAAAGAGAAUAAACUUAAGACAGCAUAGUAUUACUAGAUUAGGCUAUUAAAGUAGUGACAUCAUGUACCUAUUAUAUUCAGCAUAACCACUACAGCACUAUUAUUCCCUUUAUAAAUCACUGACCAUUAUUGUUAUCAUUGCAUCAUGCAUAACACUAUCAAAUCAUAUAAACUCAAGAAAGUAAAGAAUUGUUUAUAUUCACAGGCACUUCUUAAAUAAACUUUUUUCUGGAUUUCAUAUUGGCAAAAUCAUCAAUUAUAUUCUGAAAAUCAAUAUUUCUUGUUAGAUCAGACUCAAUGGUCAACAAGCUAGGUUACACAAUUUGUCUUGGCUCAUUGUUGAACGGAGCUGGUUUUUCACUCUUUUCAAAACAGAAAAUGGACGUUCUCCUUCACAGUUAGUAGCUGGAAGUGUUAGGUAAAGGCGAUACACUCUGUCAACAUUAGGGAAGGUUUCUGAGAUACCUGCAUUUCUUAAAUGUUUCAAAGCAGCUGAGGGCGCACAUUUUUCAGGUGGAGCUUUAAUCUGAUUCAUAUACCCAGAAAAAUAAACUAUUUCUUCAACAAAUGUGUCCUGAACAUCUGCUGAAAGGUGUUGUUGCAACUUUAAUACAGCUUCUCUCAAUUCUGCAUCUGGCAUAGUAGUAAUUUUGAACAGAAAUCCAAACUUGUCAUUGAGAUUCUGGUAGAUUUCUUUUCUUUUCACAAAUUCUGUAAUCAGUGAAUCCAGAAUGACGAAGUAUGUAGCUGUCAGAAAAUUGGAGAGGAAUCUCCCAUACUCGCCCAUUAGCGGGAAAACACAGCUGUUCU